AUGUGUCAUCAACAAUACACCAGCGAAAGGGUGGGAACUGCGAAUAUUAGGGAAAAUAAGAGCACCAGACACUUGUAAAUAUUUAUUUAGUGGCCAGUUUUAAACCAGUGAGACAUGCUAACUUUGUUAGCAGACUGUCAUUCAUGUUAACUCGACGGCACGACUCGCAAACGGUCUCGAACUGCUAAGCUACGUUGAUCUUUUUUUCCAGCUGGACUGUUAGCACGCAGGCUAACUGGCUCAUUCCCUGUCUGCUUGUGGUCCUGACGGGACGGGAGAGAGAGAUGUCCUGCAGCUUAUUGGAGUUUUGUCGGCUCCAAGAGCUCAAAACGGUCAGGGACUACUUGUUCCAGAACCAGAAAAGCGAGCCAGUGGAGGAGAAGAAUCACGCAGCCGCAGCAGAAAAUGAGCUGUCUUGGGAAACUUCUGACUGGGAGGCAGCGUGGGAUGCUGGCGACGGCAAAGAGGAGGAAGCCACUCCUGCAGCAGCGGUGCAGGUGGAGGAGGAGGAGACCACAGGCCAGAGCGGACCCUGGCUGCAUGAUUGCAUCGUGUCCCUGUCGCCCUGCUCUGACCUAUUAGUGGUGGCCCGUGAACAGAAAGCUGUCUUCCUUUCAGCGAAGUGGCGCACGGAUGACAGCGGCAGAGAGGAGAUGACCCUGGCUGUGUCUUGGACUGGAAGCCUCAGCACUGACGAAGGGGAGUGUGUGAGCAGCUCCAUCUGUAUACCGCUGGCAAGCCAGAAAAGGAGCUCCACAGGACGGCCUGACUGGACAUGCGUCGUAGUGGGUUUUACUUCUGGAUACGUCCGCUUCUAUACAGAGAAUGGGGUUCUACUCCUGGCUCAGCUUCUGCACGAGGACCCCGUGUUGAGACUCAAGUGUCGCACCUAUGAGAUCCCUCGCCAUCCUGCAGUAACCGAGCAGCAUGAGGAGCUGAGCAUCCUCUAUCCUGCUGCGCUAGUCACCAUCGACGGCUUCAGCCUCUUUCAGUCUCUGCGUGCAUGCAGGAACCAGGUGGCAAGAGCUGCAGCAGCAGGAAGUGAUGUGAUCCAGCCUCCUCCUCUGGCCUAUAAGAAGUGGGGUCUGCAGGACAUGGACACCAUCGUGGACCACAGUAGUGUGGGUGUCAUGACGCUGUGUGUGUUUGAUCAGAUGAAGAACGCAUCUAUCCUGGGGGGGUUUAACGCUUCAGUUAAGGGCAGCCCCCCCGCCAUGAGCCAGUACGUGGCUGUGGGAGGUGGGCCGUACACUGGCUUUUACUAUGCUGUAGAGGGAAGCUCCCAGCCUCUUCUCUCUCAUGUGGCUAUGGCUGUAGCCAGUAAACUCACCUCAGCCCUCUUCAACGCUGCCAGUGGAUGGUUAGGUUGGAACAAAAACAAAAACGAAGAGGAGACCGUCCAGAAACAGAAACCCAAAGUGGAGCCUGCGACGCCCUUAGUAGUCAGAUUCGGUCUCCCUGACUCCCGUCGCCACGGCGAGUCCAUCUGCCUGUCACCCUGCAACACGCUGGCCGGAGUGACUGAUGACUUUGGUCGAGUCACGCUGAUGGACUUGGCCCGGGGCAUCGCAAUCCGCAUGUGGAAAGGCUACAGAGAUGCUCAGCUGGGUUGGCUCCAGGUUCCAGAGGAGCGGGGCGACAGGCAGCACUCCCCCUCCGCUUCCCACCCCAGACGCCACGCUCUGUUCCUGGUGAUCUACGCCCCUCGCAGGGGGAUCCUGGAGGUAUGGGCGAUGCAGCAGGGGCCUCGAGUCGGAGCCUUUAACGUGGGGAAACACUGCAGGUUGUUGUAUGCCGGCUACCGUCUGAUGGGGGUGAACAGCGUGACCAGUCAAGGUUGGCAGCUUCACACUCAGCAGGUGUGUCUGCUGGAUCCCAUCACAGGAGCGCUGAGGACGGUGAACAUCCCCUUCCAUCUGGCUCUCAGUGACAAGAAGAGCGAGCGAGCCAAAGACAUGCACCUGUUAAAGAGACUGACUACUAUACUGAGGAGCAGAGAGGUGGAGCCCGAUAUUUUGGAGAGUGAAGCCAAAAGCGCACUGCUGGAAAUCAAACACCCUGCCAUUAAGAAGCAGGCUCUUGAGUCUCUGCUGGCAAACAAGAACGCUCCUGUCUCCUGUCUCACUAACAUCACAUCAGCCUUAAAUGACACUCUGAAACAACAAGAUCCUGAAGGACUGGACUCAGUGUUAGUGGAGCUCUGCUCUUCACAGCUGAAACUGCUCCAACUCUACAAUGACAUCCAGCAGCUGCACUCUGCUACAGACACACAGACCUGCUCUGAAGCUCUGGAAUCCCUCGAGGGCAUAGAGGAAGAACUGUCCCGCGUGGGCCCCACUUUACAACGCUACGCCCAGCUCACCUCUAGACCCAGCGUCUCCUUCGCCCAGGACUCACCCAAUUUGCCCCUGUCCGCCCAAGCCUUCCUCUCCCAGAUGGAGUACACUGAGGAAGGGCAGCUGAACGUGAUCCGCGGCUCUGAAACUGAGUGGAACAAGCUCGGGAGCUUCUUAUUUUGGGGCUGCCUGUAUGGAAAAAGCCCCGUGCAUGAAGUCUGUGAUACACUACAGCAGGCUGGCAUCAGUCCACAGCAGCUACUGUCUCUGUUGUUAAGUGUGUGGCUGCAAAGAGAGAAGGAGGUACUACAGAAACCAGAGGAAUACGCUAAAAACCUUCACACACUACUCAUCACCUUCAGCAACAUGAAAGGUGCGGUUGAGGAGUCAUGGGACACUCAGUCUAUCUCCCCCUGGUGGCAGCAGGUCCGUUGCACGUGCGUCCAGUCGCACAAUGCUGCCGCCUCUCUGCUGGCCGCCUUCGUUGCUCAUCGUGCGGCUAAGGCGAGCAUCACCAGCCGGGCCGACAGCAAGCUGCAGGAGUGGGAGACGGUGUCCCUGGAACUGGAGCAGUGGGUGGUGUGCGUUCGGCAGCUGGAGGACGUGCUGGUGCUGCAGACUCUGCUGUUGGUGCCUCCGCCGCAGGGAUCAGUAGGGGGCGCUGCACCACAGUGCUCCAUCAAAAUGCUGCUGGAGGGAGGCACAGGUGGCAUUACCGACAGUGUUUCCAAGUGGGUGUUCAGGCAUAACUUGGCUCCCGAGCGGCUGAAGGAAAUCCUGCAGGAGAGAGAAGAUAAAGAGGCAGAAGAUAAACUGGAGCAGGCGGAAGGAGAAGAAGGAAAGGAUGAGAAAGAGAGAAGCCAAGAGGACACAGACAGAACAGCAGAGCUGUUGGUGGCAGUGUGCCAGAGGUUCCCACACUCCCUCUCACCUGAUUUACUCUUAGCCCACUGCUGCUGGGAGUAUGUGGUGCAGUGGAAUAAAGACGCAGAGGAGGGUCGAUACUUGGGCUGGGCUGUGGAACACUUAAAACUGGUCUCCAGUCCACAUAUCCAACUAGGUAUUUGUACGAUGAUGUGGAGUACGUUCAUUGUCAAGCGUUUCUCAGCAGCAGCCUUCCUCAUGGAGAAGGUGGGGAAAGCACCCAAAGAUCGCUUAUUUCGACGAGAUGUAGGGAUGGGAGACAAAGCCGUGACGUCGUUCCUGGGUUGCUGCGUCCAGCUGCUGCAGAUCCUGAUGGAGGCUGACUCAGCGGUGGAGGAGAUUUCCCCUCCUGAGCUGUCAGUAGAGGAGGCGUGGUGCGGAGCGGAGGGCCCCGCCUCUAUAGCUGAACUGGCCAUGGAACAGAAAGGUGUCCACUUCCCUCUGGUGCAGCACCACUGCCUGUUAGCCUCCCUGAUGCACGCUGCUAUGACCUUUAUUCUGAAGGUCAAACCACUCAGCCUGUUUGACAGCAAGGGUAAGAACGCUUUCUUCAGAGAUCUGACGAGCAUCCAGCUGAUGCCCUCUGGAGACUCAGACCCAGGCCUGGUCUCACUACGACAAGAGUUCCUCCUGCGGGUGCUGACCGGCUGGGUGCAGGCUAUAGAUGAUGCUUCCAGCUCAGCCUCUGGCACCGGGUCUUCUCCGUUACCUUCUAACGGCCCCAAAGCUGACUGGUGGCCCUCGCUGUGUCUGGAGCUGGGCUCUCUGCUGCAGGUCAACCCCGACAUCCUGCGACGGCACCUCGUGUGCGAGCUCUACAACCAGGGCCUUGACCUGAGAGCAGAGGAGGUGAUGCUAGAGGUGGAAGACAAGGACGUGCUGGGCUCUCAGCUGCUGGUGCUGACCGGCCAGAGGCUGAGCUACCUGCUGCUUCACAGUCAGAGCCAGACGCAGCCUGCCAUGGAGCUGCUGGCCCGCCUGCCCCCCACCCUCUGCACCUGGCUCAAGGCUAUGGACCCCAGCGAGCUGCGGUGCCUCCUGGUCCCCCUCUCCCAGACCAGCAGGCUGGUCGGCCGCUUGAUCGAAAUGCUGCCGGAGAACCACGCCCAGUACAGCCUGGCUCUGCACCUGCUGGAGGCGGUGGAGGCCCUCACGACGGAGGACUGACCCUUAG